AGUUCUCUCCGUAGCGGCUUGUCGUUGUAUACCGUUUAUGCCUUCAGUUUUAUCGUAAAACGUUAAUAUUUGUGUAAAUGUAGAAUAUGGCCUCUCCGCUCCCCUCGUCGGGAGCGUUAGCGGUGCCGGACACUUCCGGUAGUAAGACAGCAGCCUGCUCCGCUCAGCCACGGGCGAAGAAGCGGCCGGCGAGUCCUGCGCUGAGCGGCAGCCCGGCGACGACGGUGGCGUCGGCGUCGUCGGCGGCGGUGGUGGUGGCGGCAGUGGCCGGAGGUGGUGCUGGUGGAGUGAGCGCUGUAACUGUUGUCACUAAGAAGAAGAAACCAAAUGCCGCGCUGUUGGCUCUACCGACGCAGUCACAGGCCCAAGGGGUGGACACAGCCACAGAGCUGAGGACAGCCUGCUCCUCUGACCUUUCCGCCGCCAUAGAGUCCAGCACUGCCCCCAAACCGCAGCCGUUUAAAGAUCCCAAUUUUGUGCACUCCGGAAUUGGUGGGGCAGCAGCAGGAAAGAAGAACCGCGCCUGGAAGAACCUGAAGCAGAUCUUGGCAGUGGAGCGGGCCCUGCCGUGGCAGCUCAGUGACCCCACCUAUUACAGCAUAGAUGCCCCCCCCUCCUUGAAGCCAGCCAAGAAGUACUCUGAUAUCUCUGGACUUCCAGCCAGCUACACGGACCCCCAGACAAAACUGCGCUUUGCGUCCAGUGAGGAGUUUGCCUAUAUCCGCCUGCUGCCCACAGACGUGGUGGCCGGAUACCUGGCCCUGCGCAAGGCGUCUUGCGUUGUACCUUGAGCAAUGCCCAAAGCGAUGCCGUGAAAGGGAACUUACGGUUGCAUCCCCACCCAAAGACUGCUCACACAGGGUUUGAGUGAACGUUGCUGUUCUGCAGUCCAGGAUGAAACAUUUCGCUGGACUUGUUCACUGGACUCUUCCUGCAGGAAGUCUGAUGCAGGUCCACCAAUCUGUGUAAAAUGUUUGCCAUCCACUGCUAGGGGAUGCUGAUGAAACCUGUUUACAACCCCUGUGGGUGUCCAGCUGUACGUUUACUGUGCAGGAGUCGGGGGGGGCUCAUUAUACCCUAGUCUUAUUUAUUGCCACUUCCUGAUACUGUGGUAGAAAACCAAAGUACUAGACUGUGAGUUGACAGUGCAGAGUCUAGACUCAUGGUCUCCCCCCCCCCCCACCUUCCUCUCACAAAUUGUUGGCUGAAGAAUGAGUGGUGAGAAAAAUGUCAAUACAGUUUGGAUAAAUAUGCCUUGUCAUUACUUGCUAAAUUCUACAGUUAUAAAGGCCUUUUUUGCCCAGUUUAAUUCGAAGGCUGCCACACGUAAUUUUAGAAGCAUGGUUGACAUAACACGUAGCGGGAGCACCGGGGUCAGAUGGAGUCUCUCCAUUUCUGUGAGUCUUGCGCUGGUGAGGAGCUUGAGAGGCUCUCCUGCCACAGCAGGGUCUCUGCUGUUCCUGUGACGCAGAAGAGAAGCAGCGCUUAUCUCCUUCCUGCAGGUCCUCUGGGGCACAGAGGGGAGCAGCAGCGCCAUCUUUGGACUGACGCGGAGUGAGGGGCGCACGGCGUGUUCAAGAUUCACUUGAGGAUUGUUUUCUCUUGAACCUUAUCUGUGUGUUUAUUAGUGAGGGAUAUGCCUAAUGUGUCCCUUUUUUGUAGUUAAUAACCUUGUAAUUGAAUUACAUUGGACUUGACUUCUCUUUGUUCAUUGUCUGAUAUCAGUUGAGUGUAGGAAAUGCCUUUAUACCUGCAUGUUUUCCACCCUCUACAUAAAUUAGGGUUUAGGCUUUUUUUUUUUUUUUAAAUUUGGGGGGGGAGCCUUCUGCUGUAGUUCUGCAAUGACAGGUGCUGAGAUGAGGUUUGUGUGCUUUACUCCACUUUAUCAUGUCCCUCGGGUAGACGCUGAGGAAUAUGGUGUGUCCUACUUGGCAAAUUCAUUGUUAACUCACAGCUGGGCAAUUUCUACAUUAUCGCUCAUGUCCUGGUCCCGACUUAUUAAAAUGCCCCUUGUAUUGUUUGGCCUCCGGAGGGCAAAGCGGUACCUCGCAGUGUCUCGUUGCACUUAUUAAUUUUAAUCUGAUUAAAGGAACGUGACAGAUUUCUCCACCGAGUGUCAUCUGAGAACGGUCCUUUAAUCCACUGGCGGGAGCGAUGUUAAUUAAAAGCCCCCCAUGCUGCACUGGCCAGGCUCAGUCAUCUUGGCUAGAAGCACCGUGGGCUCUGCAAAGGUCUGGAGAGCACCGCUCUCCUGCAAGGCGUCUCACUUCUGCUCCACUUCGCUAAAUGAAUUUGCUGUUGUUUUGCUGAGGAGGAAUGGGGUGGACUGCAGACACGAGAGGACGGUGUUCCUCCAUCAGGUUUUAUUUAUCAACCCUCACCUGCAUUCCUUGGGCAAGUCUGUGUGUGACUAUAUGAAGCUGUGUCAGAACACACGCUCCAUUACCUCCACGGAGCUCUUCUCGUGAGCGGCUACGCCUCUCGUCUACUACAAUACAGCAUAGGCACCACGCUGAAAAU